GUCAGCUGGAAGCAAUACAGAUCGAGUCCGAUUUUAAGCUAAAAAUAUAAACAAAAAUGAAAGUGUUCGCGACGGUUAUUUUUUGCAUUCUUAUUGCCAACGAGGCCAGAGGCCAGAAUGCCAGAUGCUUUAACCCCAACCAGAGGCCUGGACUUUGUGUUCCCAUCAACCAGUGCCAGACCCUGUAUUCGGUGCUGAACCAGGCCAGAUUGUCAGACCGGGCGAAGCAGUUCCUCAAGAACUCCGCCUGCGGAAUGGGUGCCAACAAUCGUCCUUAUGUCUGCUGUACUGGGGACACAGGAUACACGCAAAGCAGGCGAUUGACCAACUUCCCGGAUUACGAGGGAUUCGGAGGCGAUUGGGAGGAGGAAAGACCUUCGACCUUUGCAUUUCCCAAUCAGAGAGGAGGCGCUCCAUGGACUUUCGGGAAUCAGGCGAGCAGCAACGACAGAGUCUCGUUCCAAAGGCCUGCCACUGGAGAUGGCUCCUCUCUGCUACCCCAGCCACCUAGCUGCGGGGGCGUAUCCAUCGGAAAUCGGAUUUACGGAGGCGAUGACACCAACCUGAAUGAAUUUCCCUGGAUGGUCCUGCUGGAGUAUCGUCGUCGGAAUGGCAAUGGCAUUGCCACCAACUGUGCAGGAUCUCUGAUUAAUCAAAGAUAUGUCCUUACGGCUGCCCACUGUCUUACCGGAAGGAUCGAAAGGGAGAUUGGAACACUUGUCUCGGUGAGAUUGGGCGAACAUGACACACGCACCGCCAUAGACUGUCCUCCCAAUGGUGGAAACUGCGCACCGGCCGCCCAGAGAUUGGGUUACGAGGAGAUCCGAGUCCAUGAGGGCUACAACGAAAAGUCUCCCAACCAGAUCCACGAUAUUGGACUCAUCCGACUGGAGCGGAAUGUACGCUAUUCGGACAACAUCCAGCCCAUCUGCUUGCCCUCGGUUGUGGGCGUGGAGCCCCGCCAGGCGGGUCAGUCCUUCACCGUAUCCGGCUGGGGACGUACUCUGAGAAUGGCCGUGAGUCCCAUCAAGCAAAAGAUCACUGUCAACUUGGUGGAGCCAGGCAAAUGCCGGCAGAGGUUCUCCCAGAUCAAGGUCAAUGUGGAGUCCACCCAACUGUGUGCCGGCGGACAGUUCGGAAAGGACAGCUGCGAUGGAGACUCUGGUGGACCUUUGAUGCGAUUCCGGGGAGAUUCCUGGGUUUUGGAGGGAGUUGUGUCCUUCGGUUACAAGUGCGGCCUCAAGGACUGGCCUGGAGUCUACACAAGUGUGGCUGCCUAUGAUAUCUGGAUCAGGCAGAAUAUUAGGGCUUAGAGGGAAUUCUUUCAGAACCUUCCAAAACUCGAAAUGUGAUUUUUUAUAUUCUUAGCUUAGUCUAGAAG